AUGAACUCCGAGAACUCGUCCAAGUUCAAUUUCCCUCAAAACACAUUCCCUGGAGAAAUUCCUCCAAGCAAUCGCAUCUCUUUUAUUGACAACCAAGACCUGCCCGAAAACAGUCUCACGCCAUCAAACAACAACAACAACGACAAUAACAAUAACAACUCUCAGCUAACUAACAAUAAUAACACCCUUAGCGACACUACUGUUCAUCGACGCCUUUCUGACCUUGUUCAAGAUUACGAUUGGUCUAAAGACUGGAAAAUUUUUGCUCCCACCGCCGGCUUAAAGUCCACUGCCCCAAACACAUCUACUCUACCUGUUUCGUUAAUACCGCGACCGAUAUCUAACCCCAGCCAAAACGACAAUUCUAUUGAUAAUAGCAUGUAUACAAAUAACAUAUACUCAGCCAAGAGCAAUGGCAUUUCACAGCAACCACAGCAACAGCCGCAGCAACAACCAUCCCCAGAUAUUAAAAGCGUAACUGUUCCAACAAUGAUUAGCUCUGACCUUACACAUCACAAUGCAGCCUCUGGCCAUAAACGCUCGGCUUCAAAACGUCUUACUACUGGAAAGUCUCGACGCGGUGCAGGAACUGGUCCGAAAAACCGGCCUGCAUUUGUGCUCAAGCUAUGGAAUAUGGUUAAUGACAAGGGAAACGAAGCAUAUAUUCAAUGGACUCCAGAUGGCGAGAGUUUCCAGGUCUUGAGUCGCGAACAAUUUGAAAAGAUUGUUCUCCCCAAGUAUUUCAAACAUAGCAAUUUUUCGUCUUUUGUACGACAACUCAACAUGUAUGGCUGGCAUAAGGUUCAAGAUGUUACCUCUGGCGCAAUGCAAUCUUCUGACGAAACGUGGCAGUUCAAGUCACCUAACUUUGUUCGGGGUCGUGAAGACCUCUUGGACAAUAUCGUGCGCAACAAAGGUUCAAAGGGAAGUGAUGAUGAGGAAGAGGGCGAGUUCAACAAACUCCUGGAUGAACUUGAGUUUAUCAAAUCCAACCAGGUGGCUAUUGCAGAUGAUUUAAGCCGGAUUCGCAAGGAUAAUGAAUUACUCUGGCGCGAGUGCUACGAAUCGCGUGAACGACACAAGGCACACACUGAGACUUUUGAAAAGAUUUUGCGUUUCUUAGCCUCACUCUACACAACAAACCAGGGCAAGUUUGUCAAUGACGCUUCAAAUGUUCCUGGUGGACACAAGCAGCCGUUGUUGCUCUUGCCCAAGCUUUCUGAGCUUUCACCAAAUGAUACAACAAAUACUGAAACUAACAAUGCGACACUAUCAGCCAUCGAAGAAUUAAUUUCUUCUGGUAAUAACGAUAAGGACAUCAACCCGGGAUCCAAUUUCACACCAAGCCAUCAUCGCAUUUCUAGUAUUGGAUCUAUUGACGAAUCUAGACCAAUUAUUACAGAGGCCGACACGCCAAAUAGCAUAUCAAGCAUUUCUUCCCCACAAAAUGCGGCUUCUAUAGAACCGUCUACUUAUGGCAUUAAAAAACUUAGCACGAGUAGUGUUAGCAACAAUAAUAAAAAUAAUAAAAAUAACAAUAGUAAUAACAAUAAUAGUCUGGGGAGCCCUAGCAUUGAAUCCGUCAUAUCAGCUACAGGGGCUGGCUCACCAAUAUCACCCAACUCCAUCCAAGCUGACAAUGUCCUAUCAGAAUUUUUACCGGCUCAUUCCCAAAUUGCUUCAAAUAAUCAAGUGGCUUUGCCAACAGCACAGUACCCUAUGCAGGCUCCAACAAACCUACUUUCAUCAUCGAAUAACAACAACCUAAGUAAUUUGGGAAUUCCACAGCCUUCUUCGACAAGUUCAUUAAUGACACUACCCCCGUCUUUAAGGACUACUCCAACUCUUUCCGCCCCUAGUCCUUAUAACUUAUCCAAUACCAGUGGAGUUUCGCCGGCUCCAUCGUUGGCAUCCGCACAGACCCCUAAUGGAAUUAGCAGUGGCCCAACUUCAGUUGGUGGCUUAUCGCCAAUGGAGUCUCGUUUACUAGGAACUACGACAGACUUGGACUCUAUUUCGCGGAAUUUGGACCUUCAAGGCCAAUCUUUACAACUUGUGCAAGAUUGGGUACAGAAGAUUGAUCCUUCGUACGAAAUGGACUACGUCAAUUCUUUGCCUAACUCUACCACUGGAACUACUGGCAAUGUGCUAGGCUCAACCCCAGUUUCUACAUCUACACCUGGCGGUGGCAUGAUUCCUCAGAUGCCAAUGUCUGUUGGCACAAAUACAAACGGCAGUAAUGGAAGCACCGGAAGUAACCUUGUGAGUUCCAGCAAUGGUAGCGAUGCGUUUAACGUGGAUGACUUUUUGAGCACAGGGGCAGAUCUUCUUGAUGACUCGACGCAAAGUGGUACAGUUAACGUGGAAAACACAGAGGAUAUGGGUGGCCCAGCAAACUUGCUGGACGAACUGGAGCUUGAAGGUCCACCACUGAAGCGACAGAGACUCAACAAAGACGGGAGCCCUGGAUAUUAA